CCACCUCUGUACGGGAAAUUACUCGUUGAUUGGGAGCACAUAUACAGUUGAUAUUAUCCGUUCAAAACACGCCCGCAGACUUCGGUGAAAAGAGCUCAGAAUUGUUUUAUUUUGGUAGAAGACAUCAAUUUUGAAUUCUUUAAUGUGGUCCAACAGGACAUUGGCAAAAGUGGCCACUUACGGCGCCGUAAUAACUGUGAGCGCUGCCUUUUACAUAAAAUCCAAAAUCGAAGACCGUCUGAAGAGUCAGCCGUAUUUCAAAACAGCUCUUCGGCAGUUGGAAGAACAUCCUGGUGCAGUGAAGUUUCUUGGCAAACCAAUCAAAAUGGGCAAAAUGUACUUAGAGGACAGUGAAAAUAAUUUUUGUCACGAGGGAAAGGCCCAGUUCCAAGUCAACGUUCGCGGCACAAAAAGCAAUGGGACUUAUUUCUUCUGGUCUGAAUUCAAUGAGGAAAAUAAAUUGUGGACUGUGAAUAGGGCAGAAUUAGAGCUGGCAGAUCAGCCUGACAAAAGAUUAGUAAUUAAAUAGGACGGAUUAAUUAAAAUUUCGUUUUUAUCUUGUAAUAAAUGUGUUGGACUAAUAAAAAUUAGAAAUACAUGAAACU